AUGGACACCAAGUCAGCUCGGCAAUUCGAUGGCGUAUAUGACGUUGUCAUCGUGGGUGCAGGAAUAUCCGGCAUCAACGCCGCCCACCACAUCCAAGAGAAGCUCCCAAAUCUCACCUACACGAUCCUCGAGGGCCGUGACAGCCUCGGAGGCACCUGGGACUUGUUCCGCUACCCAGGUAUCAGGUCCGAUACGGACCUGCAUAGCUUUGGCUUCAGCUGGUUCCCCUGGGUGGAAAAGCGUGCCAUUGCUGAUGGGGGAUCCAUCGUGCGAUAUCUGCGCAACGCGGCUGAAAAGGAGGGGAUUGAUCGCCACAUGCAGUUCAAGCGCAGAGUUAUCUCUGCCAACUGGGACUCGUCGGACCAGUCAUGGAGUCUAGUGGUUGCAACCGAUCUGGGUCAAACUCUCGAGUACCAGGCGCGGUUUCUGAUCCUGGGAACAGGUUACUACGACUACACGGAGCCACGAACACCUGACAUCCCAGGCCUCAACAGCUUCAACGGACAAGUGAUUCAUCCGCAGUUCUGGCCCGAGAAUCUGGACUACGCCGACAAAGAGGUUGUCAUCGUUGGCAGCGGCGCCACGGCCAUCACACUUCUACCCAACCUGGCCAGCAAGGCGAAGCAGGUGACGAUGUUGCAGCGGAGCCCGACGUAUAUCCUGUCCAUCGACAACAGCACCGGCAAUUCGUGGUUCCAUCGCAUGCUACCGGAGCUAUGGUCCUUCAAGCUCAGCCGCUGGGCAUUUAUCUGGACGACUGCCAUGAUCUUCUACCUCUGUCGCGCGUUUCCCCGCGCUGCGAGAUCGAAGCUUCAGCGUUGGGUUGGGGAGCAGCUCCCGGCACAUGUCCCCAUGGACCCUCACUUUACGCCUCUCUACCGACCAUGGGAUCAGCGACUUUGCUUCAGCCCCAACGGAGAUUUCUUCAAAGCUAUCCGGGAGGACAAUGCAAACGUGGUGACGGACCGCAUCAGUCAAGUCAAAGGCGACGCCAUCAUCCUCUCUUCGGGUAAGCAGCUAAAGGCAGACAUCAUUGUCACCGCGACCGGCCUGAAGCUCAAAGUCGGCGGGGCCAUCAAAAUCAUGGUGGAUGGGGAACUCGUCCAGCUCUCGGACAAGGUUGCAUGGCGGGCAUCCAUGCUGAGCGACGUGCCCAACCUAGCCAUUAUGAUAGGCUACGUCAACGCUUCGUGGACUCUCGGCGCCGACGUUACAGCACGUCUCAUCUGCCGUCUUCUCAAGCAUCUUCAGGAAAAGGGAAAUUCAAGUGCUGUCCCUCGGCUUCCCAGCAAUGUCCAGCCGCGGCCGCUUUGGGAUCUCGACGCGACAUAUGUUAAGCAGGCCGAGAAGAGCAUGCCAAAGUGUGGAGAUUCUGGCCCUUGGAAGGGCCGCACAAACUACAUUUACGACCUGUGGCGUGCAAGACAUGCGAGCAUCACUGCUGGACUUGAGUUUUCUUCUAGUGGUGCCAAGGUGUGA